AUGCCCCCCGCUAUUGCUCGUCUUUGUCGACCUGUGUUGCGUGUUCCGAUCCUGCUGCAAAAAAGGACGAUGACAGCAUACAAGCACGAUUGGUCGCCGGCUGCGUACCCGUACCCGGCAGCACGUCGCUCAGAUGCAUCGACGCAGUAUCGAAGCGCUGCACAUGGCCAUGUGACGGUGCCAGAACCGUACGACUGGCUCGAAACGCCACCGUCACAAAGCUCUGAAACGGCCGCGUGGACACAGGCGCAGGCUGCAUACACGUCGCAGUUCGUGGCUCAGUGUCCUGACAAGGCUAUGCUCCAAGCGCGUCUGAAGCAGAACUGGGACUACAGCCGUACAAGUGCGCCAUCACUGAAGCCCGAUGGCCGCUACUACUACUCGUACAAUGCGGGCCUCGCUCCUCAAAGCCAAAUCUUCCGUGCGACUCGCGCACAAAUUGACGAGGCGCAGCGCACGCCACCAAAAGGCAAAGAGCCAGUAGGCGAGUUGUUUUUCGACACGAAUGUCUUGAGUACUGACGGCACCGUCGCACUCAAGUGGACAUCCUUCUCACACUCUGGCAAGUACAUGGCAUAUGGCAUUUCACGCAGUGGCUCCGACUGGUUCAAGAUCUUCUUGCGCACGACUGACUCGCCCAUGCUGUCGUGCAGCGAGGGCAGCGAUGAGGGUGGCGAUGAACGAUUGCCGGAUGUGCUGGAGCACAUCAAGUUUUCGGGCAUUACAUGGACGCACGAUGACCGCGGCUUCUUUUACCAGCGGUUCCCCGCGACGGAGCACGAAGACAAGGGCACAGAAACGGAUGCGAAUCAGGAUGCACAGCUGUACUACCACCGCCUCGGCACACCACAGUCAGACGACAUCCUUGUCGUCGACAGUGACCCAGAGACACGCAGCUCCAUGUGGCACUGCGAUGUGACGGACGAUGGCGCGUGGUGUAUCCUGUCGAACUCGAAGGACACGGACAACAAGCAUCGCUACUACAUAGCGUCGCUGGACCAGGGUGUGUCGUCCCGCAUGGCAUGGAUUCCGAUUUCUUCGCAGUUCCUGUUCAUGCUCGACUACAUCGCGAACGAUGGCACGCGUUUCUAUAUGCUGACGAACAAGGAUGCGCCCAACUAUCGGAUCGUGUCGUUUGACGUCGACCCACGAGCUGCUCAAACUGUCGAGCACGUGUGCAUGCUGACAGGCGGUAUCGAGACGUAUCAAGACGUGGUGCCAGAAGACAAGGACGGUGCGAUCCUGACGACUGCCGCUGUCAUUGAUCAGAACAAACUCCUCGCCGUGUAUUCGCGUGACGUGAAAGAUGAGUUGUGGGUGUUUGAUCUAACGACCGGUGAACGGGUGACGCGCCUAUUCCCAGAGCUGGUAGGCACAAUCAGCCAGCUCACAGGGCGCCGUGACCACAAGGAGUCGUUCGUUGCGUCGGUCUCGUUCGCGAAUCCAGGACGCGUUGACCGAGUGUCCUGGGAGGGUGUCAACAGCGAACGAGCCGUGCCGCCAGCAUCCAUCACAGAGUAUGCAACGACCCACGUCGCUGGCAUCCGAGCGCAGGACUAUGUGUCGACACAGGUGUUUGUCACCAGCAAAGACGGCACCCGUAUUCCUAUGUUUCUGACGCAUGCCAAGGACACGCCCAUAGACGGCACGGCUCCUGCCCUCGUGUACUUUUACGGCGGCUUCAACAUUCCCAUCACGCGUACGUACUUACUCCCACACGACGAUGCAAAGACUCGGGAUGACUGA